AUGAACACAAUGGCAAAUGUUGGGGCCAAACUGAAAGGUGCGAACGAGACGUGGAUUGGUUUCAUUAUCGCUGAAUACCAAAUCGCCCUCUUUGUAGGCGCCUCUGUAUUCGGAAAAUUUAUCCCUCACUUAACGCCCAAAUACAUGAUAACAAUCGGUUUAUUUGUGGCCGGAAUUUGUAGCGCUUUAUUCGGAGUCCUUCAAUGGUCUCCAUCGGGCGCUACGUUCAUAGCCGUCGGAAUGACCACCAGAACCAUCGAGGGGUUAGGUGUGGCCUCGUUUUUCGCCACGACUGAAAUGUGUUACGGCGUCGGUAUGAUCUUCGGACCCGCCAUCGGCGGUCUACUUAAUCAGUUAGGUGACGAACACUUGUCUGGACACGGCUUUUGUCUGCCAUUCUUCAUCAUGGGAUCACUUCUACUAUUGGGAUCACUACUUAUGCGUAUCCUAUUGCCAGAAAUUGAUCCUGCUAAAUUGAAUUCAACGGAUGAAAGCGAAAGUUUGGGCAAAACGAGUGUUUUAGGCGUUUUAAGUAAUAUCAAUAUUACAGUGAAUGUAAUAAUUAGUGUCAACUGUUUCCUAUUGAUUGGCUUCAAUGAGGCCACACUCGAGCUCUAUAUCGCAGACUUUGCAGAUCUCUCUCCCACCACAAUGGGAGGCAUAUUUGUCAUAUCGGGCGCCCUAUACGCCGGCUUCAACCAAGUUUGGGCUUAUUUCGCCGAAAAGAUGUCCAAUUGUCACCCCCUUUGUAUCAUAGGCUGCACCUCAUCAUUGGUAGCCUUCUCUAUCGUGGGUCCCCUGCCUUUCUUUGGGGGCGAUUCACAACUAUGGCUUACAAUACUGGCACAAGUAUUUCUAGGUCUGGGAAUGGGCGGCCAAUUUGUUGGCAGUUUUGUGCAAGGAUUACGCGAAACACUAAAAUCCGGAUAUCCAGACAAUGUGUCCACAUAUGCAGUGGUUUCUGGCAUUUAUUCCUCGUCUUUCGCUUUGGGGUCUGCCAUCGGGCCAGCACUGGGAGGUAUCUUAGUGGCUCAGUUCCAGUACCGUAUGGCUACUGUACCCAUAGCGGCGCUCCAAUUACUUAUGGUUAUAUUACUAAAACAUUUAACAGUGAAUUAA